AUGGGAGACGAGCUGUACCCACAAUGCCGAGCGCAGGAGUUGUUUGACGAGUUUGUGUCGGCGGAGACGUGCCGGGCGGCGCUGGGGUCCUUCAGGCAGCUGUGUGACCACCUGCAGCUGGACCGCGGCGCCGCCGAGCGCCCGCUGUACCGGCCAAUCAGACGCCGCCUCAACUACUGGAGGGCCAAUGGGCUGUGGGCCAAGCUGGACCGCCGCGCCGCGCAGAGGGACUACCUGAGGGGCCGGGCCUGCAGCAACACCACCUGUGUGGUGGUGGGGGCGGGGCCGUGUGGCCUGCGGACGGCGGUGGAGCUGGGCUUCCUAGGGGCGCGGGUGGUGCUGCUGGAGAAGCGGGACUCCUUCUCCAGGAACAACGUGCUGCACCUGUGGCCCUUCACCAUCCACGACCUGCGGGGCCUCGGGGCCAAGAAGUUCUACGGGAAGUUCUGCGCCGGCGCCAUCCACCACAUCAGUAUCCGCCAGCUGCAGCUGGUGCUGCUGAAGGUGGCCCUGCUGCUGGGGGUGGAGGUCUAUGUCAAUGUGGAGUUCAAGAAGCUGGUGGAGCCGCCGGAGGACCAGCACCGCCGCAAGGUGGGCUGGAGGAUGGAGCUGAGUCCCCCGUCUCAUCCUCUCAGUGAGCUGGAGUUUGAUGUCAUCAUCGGGGCGGACGGACGCAGGAACACGCUCCCAGGGUUCCGGCGUAAGGAGUUCCGGGGGAAGCUGGCCAUCGCCAUCACGGCCAACUUUAAGAACAGGAAGACGACGGCCGAGGCCAAAGUGGAGGAGAUCAGCGGGGUCGCCUUCAUCUUCAACCAGAGGUUCUUCACCGAGCUACGGCAGGAGACAGGAAUCGACCUCGAGAACAUUGUGUAUUACAAAGACGACACGCACUACUUUGUGAUGACGGCAAAGAAACAGAGUCUACUGCAGAAAAGAGUCAUUAAACAGGACUUUGCAGACACGGCGCUGCUUCUCAAGGCCAAUGUGGACCAGAAUGCAUUGCAGGCGUUCGCCCGCGAGGGCGACUUCUCGACCAAUCAUCAGCUCCCGUCUCUGGACUUCGCCGAGAACCACCGCGGCCAGCCGGACCUCGCCAUGUUCGACUUCACCUGCAUGUACGCGUCGGAGAACGCGGCCGCGGUGCGGCAGCGCCACGGGCACCAGCUGCUGGUCACGCUGGUGGGGGACAGCCUGCUGGAGCCCUUCUGGCCAAUGGGGACAGGGAUAGCUCGAGGUUUUCUGGCGGCGUUGGAUUCAGCCUGGAUGAUCAGCCGCUGGAGUCAGGGAGCGGCUCCGUGGACGUACUGGCAGGACGGUCUGCCAGGUGCUUUUCCCCGGCUCCAGGUCUGCCAGGUGCCUUUCCCCGGCUCCAGGUCUGCCAGGUGCCUUUCCCCGGCUCCAGGUCUGCCAGGUGCCUUUCCCCGGCUCCAGAGAGAGUCUGUACCGUCUCCUCCCUCAACGACUCCAGAGAAUCUCCAGAAGAACUUCAGUCUUUUUACAGUCGACCCGACGACAAGAUACCUGAACACCAAGCUGCUGCUGACCACACCUGACCAGGUGAGACACCUGGUGGACACAGGCUCUCUCUCUCGGUCCAAUCAGCUGCUGACCUGGUGUCAGGAGCAGACCCGUGGUUACCGUGGCGUUGCCGUCAACGACCUGACGACUUCCUGGAAGAGUGGGCUCGCUCUCUGUGCCUUGAUUCACCGAUUCAGACCGGAUCUCAUAGACUUUGAGUCCCUGGACGCGUCCUCCGUGGACGCUAACACGGCUGGCAUUGGAGUGUCUCAGCGAUAUUUCGGGAUCUGUCCCCUGAUGACAGAGGACGAGAUGUGGUCGGACUCUCUGUCUGUGGUGAUGUACCUCAGCCAGUUCUACCAGCUGCUCAGGGACACAGCCCCCCUGCAGGUCUCUGUCUGUGAUCUGAAUCCGAGAUCUGACCUGAGAUCAGCACCUGUCUCACUCCUCAGCAGACUGAGGGACACCAAGGAUCGGAGAGACGCUGUAAAGAGGAGGAGGACGAGUCAGCAG